AUGAUCGCGCGUUCUGCCAUCCAGCGGCAGACUCAGCGGGCUCUCCGUCAAUCAUGGAACCAAUCGACUAGGGGAUACGCCGCAACCACCUCCGGCUCCCUGCAAUACCAACAAGGCGACUCCAAUGGCAUCAAGUUCGCAAGCAGAGACAAUGCCGGCGUCGUCUCCUCUGUAGCUCUGGUCUCCAAGGCUGGCACGAGGUAUCAGACCCUGCCAGGCCUUGCCGAGGCCCUUGUUCGCUACGCGUUCCGUGUAAGAAGAGAUGGCGGAAACAGAAAGCUUGUUUCAACACUGAUUGAAGGCCUGCUAUAGACAACCGAGCGACGAUCGACGCUGCGGAUACAACGCGAAUCAGAGCUGCUGGGCUCCGAGCUCAUCCGCCACCACACCCGCGAGAACCUCGUCGUUGGAGCCAAGUUCCUCCGCGAUGACCUCCCAUAUUUCCUUGAGCUGCUUGCCGAGGUCGCUACCAUGACCAAGUUCCAGCGUCAGUCUACCUGCAAGAGGUGAUGGGAUAGAGUUGCUAACGAAGACACAGAACACGUGGUGAACGAGGAGAUUAUUCCGCUCAUGGAGAUGAACCAGAAGAAGAUUCUAGGAAAUACCCUCCUACUGGCGAACGAGAGUGCUCAUGCCCUUGCCUUCCAUCGUGGCCUCGGCGCUCCAGUUCACCCGACGUCUUCCGUUCCUUUCAAGAAGUAUGUCAACGCAGAGAGCAUCGCCGCGUAUGCCGAAGCCGCAUACGCCAAGCCCAACUUUGCUCUGGUUGCCAACGGCGUUGAACACGGCGAACUCAGCAAAUGGAUUGGCGAAUUCUUCGAGGAGGUUCCAGCGACUCCAUCAGUAGAGCUCAAGACAGAGCAAUCGAAAUACUAUGGUGGCGAGGAGCGUAUCGCUCACGCCUCUGGUAACUCUAUGAUUCUCGCAUUCCCCGGCUCCAGCGCACCCACGGGUUCUUUCUACAAGCCCGAGGUUGCCGUCCUUGGUACUCUUCUGGGCGGCGAGUCCAGCAUCAAGUGGUCGCCUGGUUUCUCUCUUCUAGCAAACGCUGCGUCAGAGACCUCGCCCAACCUUAAGAUUAGCACGAAGUCUCACAUCUACACCGAUGCUGGCCUUCUCGCUAUCAGUAUCGAUGGGCCCGCCUCAGAAGUACGUGAGAUGGCACAAAAGGCUGUUGAAACCCUCAAGGCCGUCUCAGAGAAUGUAUCCGAGGAACAGCUCACCAAAGCGAAGGCUCUUGCGAAAUUCAAGGAACUGGAGUUCGCAUCCCUCACUCAAUCGGGUAUGGAGUAUACUGGCGCUGGUCUCGUUCGCGACAGCAAGCCAUAUCAGAUAAACGAGGUUGCUCAGAGCUACGACAGCGUGACAGCUGAGAAGGUGAAGCAGGUCGCAAAGGAGGCGUUGGAGAACAAGGCCUCGGUAAGCGCAGUUGGCGACCUGUAUGUGCUCCCUUACGCAGAGGAGAUUGGCCUGAAGGUGUAA